AUGUCUCGGGUGGCUUCAAGUCCCGUUGGCCUCCACAGAUUCCGGCCAUGUCUUCAAGCCUCUCAACCUCGCCACGUUUUCAAAACCCAUGUCCAAUCUCCGAACAGAGUUACCAGAUUUCAGAACAUAGCCAUCGCUUGUCAAACCACCCCCAAUCCCACCCCAACUGAUUCAUCCACCACGGAAAAACCACCCGUUGAGCCUGGUUCAGUCAAUGACAACGUCACCCAAGCUGCAAGUUCCUCCACAGAUCCUGGACUUCCCGAAUUUCCAAGUAAAGAUAUCAAUAGGAGGAUAGCAGUUGUUUCUUCCCUUGCAGCAGUGGGCCUCUUCUUAUCAAAAAGACUAGAUUUUGGUGUUUCUUUGAAGGACCUUUCUGCAGCAGCGUUACCUUAUGAAGAGGCUCUAUCAAAUGGGAAGCCCACUGUUGUGGAGUUCUACGCAGAUUGGUGUGAAGUAUGUCGUGAAUUAGCUCCUGAUGUGUACAAAGUUGAGCAGCAAUACAGGGAUCGUGUGAAUUUUGUUAUGUUGAAUGUCGACAACACAAAAUGGGAACAAGAGCUCGAUGAAUUUGGCGUCGAGGGUAUCCCACAUUUUGCAUUCCUGGACAAAGAAGGGAAUGAGGAGGGUAACGUGGUAGGCAGGCUUCCGAAACAGUAUUUUCAGGAGAAUGUGGAAGCCCUCGCUCAUGGGGAGGCAUCCAUUCCGCAUGCCCGCGUUGUGGGACAAUAUUCAAGUGCUGAAUCCAGGAAGGUGCACCAAGUUGUUGAUCCAAGAAGUCAUGGUCGUGGCUAGAACUUAUAUGUUACCUUCCUUCUCAGAAACAAGUUGUCAAACUUUCACCAGAGAAGGCAAAAGAAUACAAUAUACAAGGUUGGAGGCAUAUCUGCCUUCCCAUGACGUUGUGUAACUCCUUGCUUAAAAUAAUCCAACUGAGUUUCUGGAGUAUAGGAAAUGUCAUUUGAUUGUCGGUCGGACAAGAGUUCUUUAAUAUAAAGAGAAAUUGGUUAGAAA